AUGGACUCCUAUCCUGAUUUCAAGUUUACGGCACUUGCUGCAGAGUUGGUGUACGAGAUGAUUAAGGAGUUUAAACUUGAUGUCUGUGUUGAUAUGUGCAAUUUUCCUGGAGAUCCUCUCCUCUUUGAGCUGGUAGUUGGUGGUGUCGAUGAUAACCAUGAUGUGGAGGUAAAACAGCGAGAAGAGAAAACUGUAUGCAGAGAGGAGCUUGAAGCCGUUGUGAAGGAGUUGGAGGAUGAAAAACUUGAGCACGCUAAAACUAAAGCAUUACUUUCCAAGGAAUCUGAAAAGCUGCAGUUUGCACUUGGUGAAAUAGAGAUUCUGAUGAAACAGCUAGAUCGGGAAAAGAAGGCCUUUGAAAAUGCAUUGGAAAGCAUUAAAAACAAAGCAUUGAAAGAGUCAACAAAAAAUGACAAGUUGAUAAGCAAAUGCAAUGAGAUUGAGAAUCUGAUGGAAAAACAAGAUGAUAUUUUGAGUGUCAAAGAGGGUCAGAUUAAAAAACUUAGUCACCUUCUUGAAAAGCAGAAAGAUACUUUGAGGCAACAGGUUACUGACUUUGAAAUACAGAAGCAGCAAGAUGCCUAUAUAGCACGAGUACUGAAAGACAAAAAGAGGAAGACAUUUGGAAAGUUUCAUCAUGCCCCUAAGUAGCAAGUUGCACACACAUUUGUAAAUAAACAUGCAUUUUUAUUA